CUCAGCGCCACCCCGAGAGAGGAGAGAGAGGGCCAAAAAAAACCAGCUCCGAAAAUUUGAACCUCUCUGACCGCCCGCUCUGCUCCCCGAGGAUUCAGCCACCGCAUCCAACUUUCUUCUUUAGAUCUGUUCUAAGCUUCCAUCAAAUUCAAAUUCCCACCGUUCUCCUCUUCCUUCCCAAGGGCCAAAACCCUAAACCCCUCGCCUCUCUGAUCUCCGGCCUCCGCCAUGAGCGCCGCCGUCCUUCCUACGAGCAGCGGCGGGAGGGAGCUCUCCAAUCCCCCCUCCGAUGGCAUUUCCAACCUGCGCUUUUCGAACCACAGCGACCACCUUCUCGUUUCCUCGUGGGACAAGACUGUUCGGCUUUACGACGCUAGUGCCAAUAUCCUCAAGGGGGAAUUCAUGCACGGAGGCCCCGUUCUCGAUUGCUGCUUCCAUGAUGAUUUCUCUGGUUUCAGUGCGAGUGCUGACAACACGGUCCGGAGGUUUGUCUUUGGUACUGGCAAGGAGGACAUUUUGGGACGUCAUGAAGCUCCUGUGCGUUGUGUUGAAUACUCUUAUGCAGCAGGACAAGUAAUCACAGGUAGUUGGGACAAAACACUGAAGUGCUGGGAUCCUAGAGGUGCAAGUGGGCCAGAUCGUACACUUGUUGGGACAUAUCCACAACCUGAACGUGUGUAUUCACUUUCUCUUGUUGGCCACCGAUUAGUUGUUGCAACUGCAGGAAGGCAUGUGAAUGUCUAUGAUUUGCGCAAUAUGUCUCAACCAGAACAACGGAGGGAGUCUUCGUUGAAAUAUCAAACUAGAUGUGUUCGUUGUUAUCCCAAUGGCACAGGCUUUGCACUUAGUUCGGUGGAAGGUCGGGUUGCUAUGGAGUUCUUCGAUUUAUCUGAGGCUGGCCAAUCCAAGAAGUAUGCAUUCAAGUGCCACCGGAAAUCAGAGGCUGGGAAGGACACUGUUUAUCCAGUCAAUGCAAUAGCAUUCCAUCCCAUUUAUGGAACAUUUGCCACUGGAGGCUGUGAUGGAUAUGUGAAUGUGUGGGAUGGUAACAACAAGAAGAGAUUAUACCAGUAUUCAAAAUACCCGACUAGCAUUGCAGCAUUAUCCUUCAGCAGAGAUGGACGUCUGCUGGCUGUGGCAUCCAGCUAUACAUUUGAAGAGGGGGAUAUAGCUCGUGAGCCUGAUGCCAUUUUUGUGCGGAAUGUGAAUGAGGUCGAAGUCAAGCCAAAGCCUAAGGCAUUGCCUGCACCUCCUCCAUGAGUUGAUUUCAUCACUAGAAACAAGAUAGUUUAAAUUUGUAGAAUGCUUAUUCGAGAAUACUUAUUCUAUUUCUUGUGGUUACGUGUACGUGUAUUCUAACAGCUUUUGUUGUGAGAAAAGAAAACUUCAGCCAACGAGGAAAUAAUGACUGUUAUUUUCGCUAAAA